AUGCUUACAGAGGAAUGCAGUGCUAGAAUCCAGAAAAAGCUCCCACCAAAACUGAAAGAUCCAGGGAGUUUCACUAUACCUUGCACAGUUGGUGAUUUUUAUUUUGAUAAAGCAUUAUGUGAUUUCGGUGCGAGUAUUAACUUGAUGUUACUCUCUAUUUUCAGGAAACUAGGAUUGGGAGAGCCUAAAGCAACCACAGUAACUCUACAGCUAGCUGAUCGAUCACUUACACAUCUACGAGGAAUUAUUGAAGAUAUUGAAGUGCUUGACAUAGGAAUCCCCUAUAAUUUUGAGUUGAAGAAACAGUCAAACAUUCAUGAGGCAUGUAUAGUACACUCUCCAUCCGUUCUUAUCGAUUCAAAGGAGAUUAAGGCAUUCGAUGUGGGAUUUCAUACGGAUGAAGAGAGAAUGACAAAUCACUUGGAGAAAGACAGGGAUGAAAUUCGGAGGAUAACUGUAGUGCGGAACAAGACCAUAUUGAGCAAACUAUGCAAGACCUCCCAAGCCAUAUUUAAAGUGCUAUAA